UCUGAACUGGUCUCGUGCAUGGCAUUAGGAUGACGGGCCACGCUUUCCGAGCCAUGCGCUCGGCGGCUGGGAUCCGCCGUGCCGUUCGAGCGCGACGCUUCUCAGAUGUGCCAAGGAGCGAACCGGAGUCACAAGGUGCAAAGGAGCCUUGGCAUGUGUUCACUCCGCGCGGCCUGGCCAUCUUGAAUACAGCAGGAAAUCUGUGCGCCUUGGCCGCCGCCGCGACGCAUGACCACGCGCUGGUGCGGGUGCUCUCGGGCGCCGCGGCGUCUUGUGUGGCCUCCUUCAACUUUCUGAUGCCCAAGCCCCUCAAGGAGCACCAGAAGACCGCGGGCAGCUGGGGCCUGGCCUUCGCCGUGCUCCACUUCGCCAACCUCGCCCUGCUGCUGCAUGAGCAGAACCAUGGGCUUCACCUCACGGACGAGCAGGAGGACAUCUACGAGCACGGCUUCCAGAGCCACGGGGUGACGCCCCGGCAGUUUGCGAAGCUCCUGAAGGCCGGGGCCACCUUCAAGAACUACGCGCCCGGAGAGAAGAUCUCCGAGAGUGGCCGCGCGGUGAACCGGGUGCUCUACGUCACGGAGGGCACCUGCGUGGCGGAACGGGCUGCGGGCGUCGUGAGCAUCGAGUACCACCAGGACGUCUUCAUUGGCACGUUGUGGCCCGCCGUCUGGCGCGCCGAAUUUCUGGGCGAGCCUAUGGACGAGAGCGCUGAGGAUGAGGAGGACUGGGAGGACUCGUGGCUCAUCGCCCAGGCGGAGAGCCACGGCCUGCGGGGCCGCGGCACCUCGGCGGAGCUCCACGCCAUGCUCCGCACCGGGCUGGAGGAGAAGGUCGGCAAGCUGACGAACAUUCGGGCAGGCUCCGCCUGGGUCUCCGACAUCGUGGCGGGGCCCAAGGGCUGCAGACUGUUGGAGUGGCCCCUGGGCAGCUUCAGCUGCGCGGUGGGCAGCGACGAGCAGCUCUGUAAGGCCUUCAAGCAGGUGGAAACCAUGUGCCUGGCCAGUAAGAUCGUGAAGGGCGCUAGUCGAAAGGCGCUGGAGGGCUACAGGGAGAUCCUGCAGGCGAUGCUCUCCGACGAGCGGCUCACUCCAGAGGAGAAGCUGGCGCUGGAUCGCUACAGGGCCAGGCACGGCAUCCCGGACGGGGAGCACUUGAAGAUGCUGGAGACCUUCGGGUGGUCCUCUGAAGACUUCGAAGCGGGAAUGAGGAAGGGCUUCUGGUCAUCGAUUCGGCAAAACUGGCUUGCCAGCCACAAGUCCUAGGCAUUUGUUUGCUUAAGGUGUGGUUGCGUGGUUUA